UGCCGUACAAUGACCGACACUGAAUCUUACCUUUUAAUCAGGUUCGAGGGCGAUAUCAACUCAGUCACUCGCUCGCGCCGCUUCGCGCGGGUUUCAAAAUGUACCUGUAUAUUACGAUCGGUGUUUUUAUUAUUGUAAUAGUGAUCCUGCUAGUGCGCGUUUACCAGAAGUGCACUAAUGGGGUCUGCACUUCAGAAGCGAGGCUCGAUGGAAAGACUGCGCUGGUCACUGGGGGCACGGCGGGCAUGGGGCUCGAAAUAGCAAAGGAUUUAGCCCGCCGCGGGGCCAGAGUCAUCAUAGCGUGCCCUUUCGAACAAGAGGGACACACUGCUGAAGCUGAAAUAAAAUCAGAAACCCAGAAUGACAACGUACAAUACAAACAUCUAGACCUGGCAUCACUUAAAUCUGUACGUAAAUUGGCCUCAGAUAUAUUGGAAACCGAAAACCGGCUCGAUAUUUUAGUGAACAAUGCCGGCGUCCUCACUCCCGGCGACUUCAUGACGGAAGACGGAAUCAAUUUUAUUAUGCAGGUGAACUACUUCGGGCACUUCCUGUUGACGUUACUCCUUGUGCCUCUACUGAAGAAGUCUGCACCGAGUAGGAUCGUGAACACCUCGUCGAUACUGCACAGAGGCGGCAUAUUUCGUCUGGAUAAGAUUAAUACUACUGGUUUCUACUACCCCUCUCAUGUGUACUGUAUAAGCAAGUUUUGCGUCGUGCCGUUUUCAACUGAGUUGACUAAACGAUUGGUGGGGACGGGUGUGGUGGCCAACAGCGUCGACCCCGGUGCCGUAGGUACCCACAUCUUUGAUACAGUCAAGCCGAAGUUUGUUGGGGAUAUCAUACGAGUAUUUUUCUCGUAUUUUUACAAAACUGCGAAGGAGGGUGCCCAGACGGCUAUACAUGUGGCUGUUGAUGAAGACGCGGGUAAAGUGAGUGGGGCAUUCUUCAAGAAUUGCAAACAGACGUAUGCUAUGACUUCGGCGUAUGAUGACAAGCUCGCGAAGGAGCUGUGGGAUCUAUCGGCCACGCUGGUGGGACUGUCUCCCGAAGAUGUUGAUAAAUGUUUUGUGUAAUAAAUAUAAAAUUAAUGUAUGAAUUUUGUUCAUAAGUUACUAUACGUGUGUAUAAGUGUGUAAGAUGAUUGUCCUAAGAACACUUAUAUAAUUUCCAGUUUGUUCUUAUUGGUUUUUGUGCUCGUGGUUUUUAUUACUUUAAUCCGCAUGCAAUCAUACUUUAUUUAAUCAAAACAUGUUUUUUUUUACGUAUUAUGGUUGUUGCUAUACCCAAGUCCGCGUUGUUCUAUGGGUUGCUGCAAAGCAAUUUAAAGAUACAUAUUCCACAGUCUUGUGAUUAACCUCUAUCUUAUGCCCCAUGAACUUUAUAAUUAUGUACAUUUAAUGCAUUGCACAAGUACCUACCUACUUCAUAAUGAUAAUAUUUAUUAGUUCACAUUUGACAUCGCGAAAAAAAAGAGAUCUGUUUGUGUAAAUAUUUAUUAUUUUCUUGUGUAAAAUAUCAGUUUUUAUUUUGCUCGCAAUACACUCGAGAGCAAUGAAAAAGUUCCAGUGACAUUUAUCAACAACUCCAUACGGAAAAAGCUAAAUUGAAUACACCGUCUGCAGUGAAGUGAAGUAAAUUUAACAGCGCAUUACCUAUUUUCCAAAAAAAAACCAAAACGAAUAUCGAUCCUGCCACUUGGGAGCUACGCUACCAGAGAUAGAUAUACAGAAACACAGACAUAGACAUGUUAAUCUUAUAAAACCCCUCCGUUUCUGUCGGGGGUGGCGCAAAUUAGGAUCCGCAUUUUGUGGGUGGACCUUUUUCAUUGCUCAUGAGUGUAUUUAUGUACUUAUUGUCAUCAAUUAACUUUAUUCAGUAAACAUCAGUCCUCUCUUAUAGGAUGGUAUUAUUAAAAAUUGUGUAAUGCUCUAUAAUUUCAUUGAAAUUGCCAUCUUACUAUGUAGUGUGUAUGAAAAUGAGUCCGGUUGGUGGAAAAAUUACCUCAAGUAGGUACUUAAGGACAUUAAUGAUAAGGCCAUACAUUCGCCGACGGAGUUUAAAUAAUAAAU